GAAGGAUAGGAAAUCGGUGUCAGAGAGGGGAAAAAAAAAAAAUAUAGGAGGGUUUCCCAAAGCGAGCACCGAGCGGGGCCGACAGAAGUAUGAAGAGCGGCAGCGCCGCUGCCACCGCUCUGCUCAGCUGCGCUCGGGGGGACGGCGGCAGGGGGACAGGGAGUGCGGCCCCGGAGGGGCGGCGGGAGCCCUGCCUGCCCAUCCCGGCCAAGGUGGGAGCCCUGCCUGCCCGCCCGCCCCAGCGGGGCUCGCUGCCGGCCCCACGGCGGAGCCCGCCGCGCCGGCUCCUUUAAAUUGAGGGCGUUUCGUGCAUCUCGCCGGCUGCCUUCGAGUUUAAAGAGAAAGGGGCCGGAGCGAAGCGGGAAGGUACAAGGAGCGGAUAAGCGAUGUGCACUGCCCUGAGCCCGAAGGCACGCGGGCCUGGCCUCUCCGACAUGCACCAGUACAGCCAGUGGCUCGCCAGCAGACACGAGGCCAACCUGCUGCCCAUGAAGGAGGAUUUGGCCCUGUGGCUCACAAACCUGCUGGGUAGAGAAAUAACAGCAGAAACCUUUAUGGAGAAAUUGGAUAACGGAGCCUUGCUUUGCCGGUUAGCUGAGACCCUGCAGGAGAAGUUUAAAGAAAACAGCUUUGAUGCAAACAAGCCUGGCAAAACUUUACCUGUUCGGAAGAUUCCAUGCAAAGCCAAUGCUCCUUCAGGGUCUUUUUUUGCACGGGACAACACAGCAAAUUUCUUAUCCUGGUGCAGAGAUGUAGGCGUGGAUGACACCUGCCUGUUUGAAUCAGAAGGUUUGGGUAUGGUUUUUUUGCUUCAUGCAUUUGAGUUAGUGCUCCACAAGCAGCCAAGAGAGGUGUGUCUUUGUUUGCUGGAGCUUGGAAGGAUUGCAGCAAGGUUUGGGGUGGAGCCUCCUGGACUAAUAAAGUUAGAGAAAGAAAUUGAGCAGGAGGAAACACUUUCAGCUCCCCUUCCAUCUCCUUCACCGUCACCAACGAAGUCUCCUGGGAAAAAGAGCACAGGGAAACUGCUGGAUGAUGCUGUCAAACACAUUUCUGAAGAUCCACCUUGUAAAUGCCCCAAUAAGUUCUGCGUGGAGCGUCUUUCACAGGGAAGAUACAGAGUUGGAGAGAAGAUCCUCUUUAUUAGGAUGCUGCACAACAAACACGUGAUGGUUCGUGUUGGAGGAGGCUGGGAGACUUUUGCAGGGUACUUACUGAAGCACGACCCGUGCCGGAUGCUGCAGAUCUCCCGAGUGGAUGGGAAAACCUCUCCGAUCCAGAGCAAGUCUCCAACCCUCAGGGACAUGAAUCCAGACAAUUACCUGGUUGUUUCUGCCCAUUACAAGACCAAGAAGGAGAUUAAGUGAAAUAAGCUUCUCAUGUGAGUGCGGACUCUAUGUAUGUAGGUCCAAAUUAUUUUCUCAAGUGUAGUGAAUUUAGUUCAUGCUUUAAAAGGACUUUGGGAAAUUUAAGACAGACUGGAAAUGGCAACCCAUUUUGAAGAUCUUUGAAUUGUAGAACUAUUUAUUUCUAGUACUGUAUCUUUUAUAGCAAAUUACCCUUGAUAGGCUAAUUACUACAAUCAGAUAAUAAAUAGACAUAUAUUUUUAGCCUAAUUAUUACUCUUUAAUAUGUGAAUGUAUACUUAGAGCUACAUAAAGGAGCAGAUCCUGUUAAUGGAAGAAAAUACACAGUACACUUGUAUGAAAAUCUUAUAACUUCGAAUCCUUGACUGUUAGGCUAGUUGAAAAAUAUAUAUGCAGGUGGAAAACGAGUAUUUGUGGAAAUUAUUUGGUAAUGCCUCUUGAAAUGAAAUAAAAAUUGACUAUUUUUACGGUUUGCAACCUUUUAAUCAGCAGAAUAUAACGGCUCAUUGCAUGCCAAAAGCCAUUACUCUAAAUAAUAAUAAUAAAAAAAAAGCCCAAGAAAUCCCACCCACCACCACCUUUUUACUCUUUAAAGCUGUGUUAGAGCUGUGUGUACAUCCUUCCCAUUUUUCCCAAAGUUGCUCGGUAUGGAAGCAGCGGGAAGUGCUUCCUCUGCCAGGCGAUGGAGCUGGUGGGUCACGGCAGGGGGGUGAUGUCCUGCAGCCCACCAGGGGAGGCAGUAACAGAUGCACAGCCCUUGGACCCAAAGAGGAGCUUCAGAAGGUGUGAGUCCCUCCAGAGCCACAGAACACUGCACUGUUCUUGGACGUGAGCUUUCCCUUCCUUUUAGUUUUGUUGGUCAUGCCAAAUGUGAAAUACUCGUCAGCGGAGUGGUUCACAUUCUCAUAAAUCAUUCACACACCUCUAAAGGCAUACGUGGGCUUGGUUCAUUAUUUUGGCUACUUUUCUAUGUUUAUAUUUGGUAAUUUAUGUGCCUUUUAAUGUCCUAGAAAAAUAAUUUUGUAGGAUUAUUUCAGUGACUGUAUAAAUUUACAAAUGAAAUAAAUUUUUUUUAAAAUAC